AUGGGACGCCAAUCCUCAGACACUGAAAAAGACAGCAGAAGUAAGAGAAAGAAGAAAUACUGGAGACGGUCAUCUUCAAGCAGCUCUUCAGACAGUAGAACAUACAGCCAAAAGAAGGGCAGGAGGAAGUCUAGGUCAAGGUCAAGGUCUUGGUCCAGAGAUCUUCAGCUUAGUUCACAUUCUUAUGACAGAAGAUGCAGGCAUCGAUCAAGCAGUAGCUCCUCUUACGGCUCCAGAAGAAAACGAAGUCAAAGUCGAUCACGGCGUCGGGGUCGUGGGAAAUCCUAUAGAGUGCAGCGGUCUAGGUCAAAAAGCAGAACUCGAAGGUCCAGGUCAAGACCUCGCCCACGUUCUCACAGUCGGAGCAGUGAAAGGUCCAGUCACAGGAGAAGCCGUAGUCGGUCCCAUGAAAGAGAAAGACGUAAAGCCAGAGAGAAGGAGAAAAGAGAGAGGGAGAAGGACAAGGACUCGCACGUCAGACGCGGGGAAUCUGGAAACAUCAAAACUGCAUUAGAACUUCUGCCACCAGCUGAACAGGCCAAAGCUAGGCUACAACUGGUUCUUGAAGCUGCUGCCAAAGUGGAUGAAGCAUUGAAAGCCAAAGAGAGAAAUGAGGAAGAAGCUAGAAGAAGAAAGGAGGAAGAUCAAGGCACCCUGGUAGAACAAGUGAAAAGAAUAAAAGAAAUUGAAGCUAUUGAAAGUGAUUCUUUUGUUCAGCAGACAUUCAGAUCAAGUAAAGAAGUCAGAAAGUCAGUAGAGCCAAGUGGUGUGAAGAACACGGUGGCAGCAUCAGCACCAGUGUCAGCAGGUGCUGACCCACCCAGUACUGAGAAGGAAAUCGACCCUAGCAACUUCCCUAUGGCUAUCAAGUACCAGGAUGACAAUUCUCUGGCCCACCCAAAUUUAUUUAUCGAGAAAGCAGAGGCUGAUGAAAAGUGGUUCAAGAGAUUAAUUGCUCUCCGACAAGAAAGGCUGAUAGGCAGUCCUGUGGCCUGA